AUGCCCCGUCUGAAUGCCGCUUCGCAGGAAGCAAUCAACCGCCUAAGAGCGUUUAACCCCCCACCGACCAGCUACGACCUCGUCCCGCUGUCGCGCCGCGCAGCAGUCCUGCUUCUGCUGUAUGCGGAUGCGAACGGCGAUCUGAGGGUUGUGUUGACGAUUAGGGCGAGCACGCUUAGCUCUUAUGCAGGACAGGCUGCUUUACCCGGUGGAAAAUCCGACUCUCUAUCCGAAACACCCCUCCAAACCGCGCGGCGCGAGGCGCACGAGGAAAUCGGGCUGCCGAGUCUAGACCAGCCCCUUCCACACCCCUUCAGCGUAGAACACCUCUGCGAGAUCCCGUGCUCGCUGGCAAGGACGGAACUUGUUGUUCGUCCUUGUGUAGCGCUUUUACAUACAUUCGACGAGAAGACGGCUGAAAACGCGGAUCCGGAGAUCACGCUUAUUCCAAGACUUGAUGCGAGAGAGGUUGCGGCUGUUUUUACGGCGCCGUUUAGGGAUUUUCUGUCCCUGAAGCCGGUUGGUGAUGGGAGGGGGAGACCGGGACUGCACGUGGAAGGGGCGGAGAAGGGGGAUGAGGGGUGGUAUCGGGGCGUUUGGAAUGAGUUCAAGGGGACGCAAUGGAGGAUGCACCAAUUCUUCGUCCCCGUCAAUCCAGAGCGGGUCGUGAAACCGCGUCCGCACCACGAGGCGCAGGAAGAAGCCGUUCAGAAACUAAAGCAGCAAGAGGAGAGGCAGCACCGACAACACCAAGAGGACUCAAAGUCUGUCACCCGGUACAGAGUCUUCGGCAUGACGGCACGGAUCCUCGUCGAUGCCGCCCGAAUCGCGUACAACGCUCAGCCGGAGUUCGAGCAUAAUACGCAUUCGGGCGAUGAGGAGUUGAUCGCGAGGUUGAGGAGGAGGGGUAAGUUAGGGCCGAAGAUUUGA